CUGACACGCAGACAUUGGCAGAGUUGGUGUUACUCAGUUACAUAGGAAUUCUCCCACAGCAACUGCUCAUCUCUAAAAGGAAGCCCAUUUCUCUUACUUUAAUUGGAACGGAAGCGGAAAGAGUUUUUCCAACAUCCGAUCUACAUGAUCACGGAGAAAUAAUUUCAAAAGCUCCACCAGAUUUCUCGCAGUGUCUCGGACCAUUCGAAAUUCCUCGUAAAAAGCAGUGAUUCUCUGCGUUUCGAAGUAAUUUAUAGCAUCUUUUAACCACCACCGUACUGCUUCUAAUUCGCUCUUCGUGUUCCUGGUAUCCGAAUGCGAUUUCCCCUGCUGAAGAGAAAGCGACUGCGGUCGAGGAUUUUCGAUCGAUGCAUCAAAAUGCAGAGUUGCUAGAGGUACCGAAAGUAGAGAAGCUAUUUCCUGGAGAAAAUUUGAAGACGUGGAGAAAUCAUCCACAUUAUCCGCACACUUCUGUUUUCCCUUCUCCGUGCAAGACCUGCAACCUUUUAUAAACUGUUGCUUCCUUCCACUAUCUUUCAAAUUGCUCAAAUUGCUCAAAUCUUUUUCAAGGAAGAUCAACUUUAACGGAUCCGAAACGUUUUAUCACACCAGUAGACACGGUCACCCCCUCAACACUCAUGACGUGAUAAACACAGCAUCUACGGAGCUCAUCAAAAGUGCGAUCCGCAUUUUUCAUAAACGUCCGGCGCUUUUCAACGGCCUGAACUGAGACUCGUGGAUGUGCUCAUGCAGCAUACAGGUCAAGAAAGAGGAGUCGGUAAAGGGAUGGGUCAAAUGCCCUUCUGACAGCAUCUGACAACUGUGAUGAACAUCUCUCAGGUCACAAAAGAAGCAUUGAAGGUCUCCUCUGACAGACGCAGCGGAACCCCGCAGCUGGGCAACGACGAUCCAUGGGAACGACGGCAUGUCAUCACUCUCAUACCGCCCUCGGGAACAGGUGGAAUUUCUUCUGCCCAGCAAAUCGUAAAAUGAAGGACGAGACGGAGCUCUGCGGGUGCAGAGCAGAAAGUGCUUUUCGCCAGCAUUUCUGCCUGGAAGCCUCGUGGAUGUACUUCACAGGCUACUCUAAAACAAACUCCACGACAAGGCCUAGCACAAGCAUGCACACUAUCACGGAGCUAGACCAAGCGACGUCGGUCUGUACUACAAUCAUCAUCUGUACAUGCAUGAUGCUUCUCAUUCUUUGCUCAUGCAAAAACGGUGUGUGCCAUGGGGGUACAAAUACACGCACUUGCAUCCAAAUUGUGGAUUUUCGAGCUAAUUUUCACCGUGAUUAGGUUGCGAUAGGAGGUCGACUAUGCGCCUACUAAUCUGAUGGAGAAUCUCAUUCGCAUCAGCUUGUUUAUCUUGGUUUUUAUUAUUAUCGCCAGCCAAAGUCCAUUCCUCACCAGUAAGGUCCGGUUUAUUGUGGGCAUGUUCCGUCCUAAGAGUACAUCUAUAAACUUACCCUAUACAACACGAAAAUGACACUUUUCAUUAAUCUCUUGCGAAAUUAAUGGCAGGUUAGAACUGGCAAGAAAGACCUCUUUGAAUCUGCAACAGGCUUAUGUUGCCCCUACGCUAUACUCCUCUUUUUGUUAACUUUGAAAAUUUUGUGAUAUGGAAACAUUGUCAUGUAUGAUAUGAUGGAGUAACAAUGUGGUAUAAAGG